AUGUGCGCCGAUGACCAUAAGGCCGUUGAGGCCGUCAACAACGACUACCUGGUGCAGUCAGAUGAUCCUGAGCACCCGGCGAAUCUCAUUCCAGAGCUUUGCCGCCGUUUCUACAAUUGGGGUUGGGUUACUGGCACUGGCGGUGGCACGUCCAUCCGUCAUGGCGACCACAUCUUCAUAGCUCCCUCGGGUGUUCAGAAGGAGCUGAUGAAGUCUGAGAACAUUUUCGUGGUUCAAUGGCCUACCAAAAAGUACCCCGCUGAAGAACGCAACUAUAUCCGCAAGCCCCUCAACCUGAACCCCUCUGCCUGCACUCCGCUGUUCUUGACAGCCUUUGAGCACGGCGCAGGGUGCUGCAUCCACACUCACUCGCAAUGGGCCGUCCUUGUGACCCUGUUGGUGGAGCGCGAGAAGGGUCCCGAUGCGUGUUUCGAGAUUAACAACAUUGAGCAAAUCAAGGGUAUUCCCCGUGGCAAGGGCAAGGGCAUGCUUGGAUUCUUUGAUACUCUGAGUAUCCCCAUCAUAGAGAACACCGCUUUUGAGGAGGACCUGACCAGCGGCCUGGAAGCUGCGAUGAACAAGUACCCCGACACCUACGCCGUGCUCGUGCGCAGACAUGGAAUCUAUGUCUGGGGUGACAAUGUCGCCAAAGCAAAGACCCAGUGCGAGUCUCUUGACUACCUGUUCCAACUGGCUGUCGAGAUGCACAAGUUGGGCCUGCCCUGGAUCAAAUAG